CCGGGCCUGAGCCCGGCUCCCCUUCCGCCCUGCCCGAUCUCUCCUGUUCCUCCUGAAUUCUCGGCUUGUCGCUGUCCCCAUGGCGUGUCCCCUGGAGCAGGCGCUGGCCGUGGUGGUCGCCACCUUCCACAAGUACUCGGGCAACGAGGGCGACAAGUACAAGCUCAACAAAGCCGAGCUCAAGGAGCUGCUCACCAAGGAGCUGCCCAGCUUCAGCAAACAAACCAGUGAGGCGAACUUACAGAAGCUGAUGAGCAACCUGGACUGCAACAGCGACAACGAGGUGGAUUUCCAGGAGUACGUGACCUUCCUGGCCUGCAUGGCCAUGAUGUGCAACGAAUUCUUCCAGGACCUGCCGGACAAGAUGCCCCGCAGGAAGAUGAAAACCGACCUGGAGCUGGCGCUGGAAUGCGCCGUCAACGUCUACCACCGGUACGCGGCACGGCGCCCCGUGGACGACUACCUGAGCCUGGGGGAGUUCUCCAGGCUGCUCAAGGAGACGGCCGAGCCCUUCCUGAAGAACACGGUGCCGCCCAAAAUGACCACGGACAACUACAUCAAGCAGCUCUUCACCAAAGCUGACGCCAACCACGAUGGUCGCCUCAAGUUCACCGAGUUCCUGACCACGCUGAGCCUCGUGGCCAUCGAUGCCCACAACAGGUCCCACCAGGGCCCUGGUGGUGACCAUGGGCAUGACCACGGGCAUGGCCACGACCACGGGCAUGACCAUGGGCAUGGGCACAGCCACCGUCGCUGAAAUGGAGCUGUCUGCCAUGGUGGCCAAGACACGGGACUCUG